AAGAAAGAGAGAAAAAUGAGAUGAGACGGCAGUGAGGAGAAUGAGACGUCUCAUUUAAGGAGAGUCCGUCCAUUUAGGGCAUGUUUCAUCCGGUGAUGUGCAUCUGUGCGAAUUGGAGAUUGCAUUAGCAAAAGCUAAGGAAACUUGGGUUAGUUUAUGGUAUUGUGACAAUUCCGACGAGUAUGGCGGACAGUUAUUUGGGACCCUUCAACCUCAAGCCCAAGUCCCCUUCUUUAUAUAACUUCCCUUUCACAUUUUCCCCAUUUUCAACAUCUCUAUCUUUCUCCCUUAUGGCUGCUCGUCACUGUCUUUGCUCCUCCUCUAGCCCCACUAGUUUUUCCUCCAUUGGGUCCCAUCAUCAACCUUCACUUCUUGUUUUCUCUGGUGGAACUGCUUUUAAUGGUGUGGUUGAAGAGCUUAAGAAACUAACUACUCGUGUAGCUCAUGUGCUCCCUGUUUCUGAUGAUGGAGGCAGUACUGCUGAAAUUGUUCGUGUUCUUGGUGGUCCUGCUGUUGGAGAUAUACGAUCAAGAUGUUUGAGAUUGUCAGACCAAAGUACCUCGGAGGCUCGUGCAGUCCGAAUAUUGCUUGGUCAUCGUUUACCUCUUGAUCCACAGAGAGCCAAAUCAGAAUGGUACGACAUUGUGGAGGGCAGCCAUGAUCUAUGGCGAGGUGUCUCAAAACCAUAUAGGGAAACUAUAAGAGCUUUCUUGGCUUACUUCCAGGAUCAGAUUCUCCGGCGGUCAGAUGAGUUAUUCUGUUUCAGCAAUGGAAGUAUAGGGAACUUUUUCUUUGCUGGAGCACGUUUAUUCUUCCAGUCUUUAGAUGCAGCAAUCUUUUUGUUUUCACGGGUUUCAGAAAUUCCAGCAGAAAGUUUGGUCCUUCCCGUGAUAUCUACAAAUGAAAGGCUUACCCUGGGAUGUGAGUUAUUGGAUGGAACUGUUAUACGCGGACAGAAUGAAAUAUCUCAUCCAACCCAUGGAUCCAUGCAACCUAUAGACAAGGAGGCAUCUUCAGCCCCAGAACUUCCUUCUAGAAUAAAGCGGAUAUUUUACAUGUCCAGUGAAGGAAGCAACUUAUUGCAUGAGGUCUUCCCCACUGUAAAUCCCACUGCCUUGGAACAGUUGAGAAGUGUCGACUGUAUCAUAUUUGCCAUGGGAUCCCUCUUUACUUCCAUCUGCCCCUCUCUGGUAGAGUACCGUGCAACAUAAGUUGUUCUUCCACACUACAGUUUGAUAUGUGGAGCACAGGCAUGGAAUGCAUUGUUACAACCCAGGAUUUGUUGUUUUCCUUUAUUUUU